AUGCGGAGGCCUGGUGACGGCUGGAGAAAGCUCAUCCAGCGCAGCAGCGGGGCUGAGCGUGAAGAGCUUGCAAAGAGAAAGGAGGCAAAGCACAAGCAGAUGCUGCUGCGGUUGGAGGCUGUGAAUGAGCUCCUCCGGGCGGAGUACGCGAACAUCGUGGACCGUGAGGCCCGCGUCACCUUCGAAACGGAGGUGAAGGAGAUUCUGCCUUCGGAAAAGGGACCCUGCGUCCCCGGUGCGUCCUCUGCGUCCUCUUCUUCAACAGAAGGAUGCGCGAAGCCGUCCAUUUUGAAGGACAGCAAGCAGCGAAACGCUGGGAACUGCGGACGUGGAAAUCCUGGGGACGACGACAGUCCGCGCUCAAGUGCCGACAGCGUCUACCCCGACUUUGAUGGAGACGAUGACGUCUUCUUCGAAGAGUGA